GGUCUGUCCACUGGGGGCGCUGUGGUGCUGCAGCAACAACACGAGCCUCAGAUCUCUCAGUCUGCUGUCUGAGUCUGUAUAUCUGUGAUGAGAACAGUCAGAUCAGUAAUGGCGACUAGUGGAGCAGCAGACUCGGGAUCAACAGCCCCGACAGGGACCAGUGGCAUCCGAAAAAUGGCCCCGUCAGAGAUGCCCGGCUCUUCAGGCACAACUCAGAGUAUGAAGAAGACCAUCGGACACCGGGGGGUUGAGACCACCACAGGGGAGACCACCUAUAAAAAGACCACGUCAUCUGCCCUAAAAGGUGCCAUCCAGUUGGGCAUCACUCACACAGUUGGCAGCUUAAGCCAAAAGGCGGAGAGGGAUGUUCUCAUGCAGGACUUUGUGGUGGUCGAAAGCAUCUUCUUCCCCAGUGAAGGCAGUAACCUGACUCCUGCUCACCACUACAGUGACUUUCGCUUUAAGACCUACGCUCCUAUUGCCUUUCGUUACUUCAGAGAACUCUUUGGCAUUCGGCCAGAUGACUACCUGUAUUCUCUGUGUAACGAGCCGCUGAUCGAGCUGUCUAACCCCGGAGCCAGCGGAUCCCUCUUCUAUGUCUCCAGUGAUGACGAGUUUAUCAUCAAGACUGUUCAACACAAAGAGGCCGAGUUCCUCCAGAAACUCCUGCCUGGAUACUUCAUGAACAUAAACCAAAACAAGCGCACCCUGCUACCCAAGUUCUACGGGCUGUAUUGCGUUCAGGCGGGAGGAAAGAAUAUCCGUAUUGUAGUGAUGAACAAUCUUCUGCCCCGGAAUAUCCCCAUGCACCUCAAAUACGACCUGAAGGGCUCCACCUAUAAGAGACGAGCUUCCCCUAAGGAGAGAGAAAAGGCCGUCCCCAUUCACAAAGACCUGGACUUCAUCCAGGACUUGCCUGACGGUCUGCUGCUGGAAGCGGACAACUACAAUGCCCUGUGCAAGACUAUUCAGAGGGACUGUUUGCUCUUGCAGAGUUUCAAGAUCAUGGAUUACAGUCUGUUGAUGAGCAUCCACAACAUGGACCAGGCCUGUCGAGAGCGGGAGCGUAGCGGGGGAAACUCGGGUGACAGCGGGGGGUCGGAGGGAGCAGUGACCCCAGAUCAGCGCCGACCACAAGUUCAGAAAAGUCUGUACUGUACAGCCAUGGAGUCCAUUCAGGGGGAGGCUCGAGGGAAGGGAGCUUUGGAUUCAGAAGACCACAUGGGCGGUAUUCCAUCUCGUAAUCAUCGAGGAGAGAGGGUGCUGAUCUACAUCGGCAUCAUUGACAUUCUCCAGUCCUACAGGUUUAUUAAGAAGUUGGAGCAUUCCUGGAAGGCCUUGGUCCACGAUGGGGACACAGUUUCAGUUCACAGACCCGGCUUCUAUGCAGAUCGUUUCCAACAAUUCAUGUGCAACACAGUGUUCAAGAAAAUUCCACUGAAACCGUCACCAUCUAAGAAGAGUCGUGGUGGAGGUCAGGGAGGUCUUAGGAGGGCCCCCACCCUGGGAGCUCCCACCCCGCUCUCCAACGCAACAGGACAGUCAGCCGUCGACUCCAGACUAGUCUACCACAGCCACUUUAAAAGCACAGAUUCAGAGGCAGACAGUGGCGUGCAGUUGGGCAGACCAGAUCUUGUUCCGAGGACCCCUCCGCUGGGAGAAAACCCUGCUGACUAUGAUGCCAACCUGUCCACCUCAUCACUAGGCAGCACAGGAGUUGCCUCCACCUCUCCUCCCCUACGGUCUGUUGGGGUGGAGGUGCACAAAUCAGCAAACACAGACUUUGACCAUCACAGUUUGGGGGCAGAAGGGGCUCUCGAUAAUUCAGGCAACCUGUCUGGAAACGAAGAUGUAAUUUCACUUUCGGACAUCAUCCCUGAGACCAACAUCUGCUUUUAAAAAACAGACGAGGCGUUUUCUGGACGAGGUGAGGUCGGCAGAAGUAAGGAUAAAGAGAGUGAAAGUCACUCAUCCACUACGAACCCUCCGCUGCACCUCUGCUGUUUUCUCACCCAUAGAAGUAUAUACAGGGAUCGCUGGAUGAAGCAGCGAGGUGCAGUGGAGGUUGUGAUAAUGAAGAAAGCAGUGGUGGGGGAAAUCAAGAAGAAGACAGUGUGCGGUAGGCUUUAGCUUUCCCAGCCAUCGACAACCCAAAGCCCAAUUGUCUUUGAUACAGCACACACCUUGGGGAAAAAAAAGUUUAUGACCCUGCGUCAGCAGCUCUUUAGUAACUCUGGCAGCAUUAUAUUGAUUAAACAAACAUUUUCCUUCACGUUUACAACAUGAAGGAUGCUUCAAUGACAUAACAAACAAAAUAAUUAGUUGUAUAUUGUUAAAAGUCCAUUCCCCAGUCACCAGUGGAUGGUGAAGGCAGUCAAAUUAUCCAUGAAGAGUCAAUCAUUGUGUCCACUUUUCGCAGCAUGAAGCGACUGUGAGAUGGCACAGACAGCAUUUCAGUAGGAACACACACACACACACUUAAAGAGCACAUGAAGGGCAUAGCCUGCAUUUUGUAGGAGUGAAUAUUUGCCUCUGUGUUCAUGCGGAGUCUUAGUGGGUUCACAUUUCCGUGAUUCACCCUCAAGUGUUCCCGUUACCGCACAUCUAUUUAUCCCCCUCGGCACUCCUCAUGAGCAGGAGCCCUCUGAGCUAUCGGUGGUCCUCGUUCAAAUCAACACUUGCUGCUGUUGACUCUGCAAUCAUGUAUGCAUUUCUUCCUACGGAUUGCGGAUGUACAGUAUUUGUUUGAAAUUGGAGGGGUGGGUUUGAACCAGACCCAUUUGGUCAUUUUGUUUCACGUUUUUUGUUAUAAGUUAUUCUGCUGGAAUCCACGGUGGUGCAGCAAAAGGUCCGACUAGAUCUUGCCACCGCUGAAUGUACAUUACAAUGUUUUUUCUUACGUAGAAUGUGUCUUAUUAACAUGGCAGAUCACAUUUGUACAACCCUGAAAAAUCUCCCCCUCUGAUGUGACCAUAUGUGCUAUAAAUGAACACAGAGAGAAGAGCCGCGUUGGCCGCGUUGGCAGUGUCGGCGCUGAUAAAUGAAGUCAUGGUAUUAAGCUAGUAGAAUAGUAAUAACUUCCAGCUACUGUCAUUCGUCUGUCAUGUCUGUGCCUUUACAUGUUUGUCCCUUCCCUAACAUGUGAUGUAUAACUGACAUUUUUUUACAGGUUAGUGUUGUAGUCACACAAUCAAACCUGCCUUAUCACUACAGCAGAAGUCAUCAAACUGCCAUUUGUAUGUCUGGACCAACAAUCAGGGCUUAAAAAGAAUUUUAAUGCAAACACUAGUACAAUCCAUUCUGGUUGUGUGCAUGUCGAGUGCUCAGUCACUUUGGUUCAUCAGCUCAGCUAAGCCCGCUAACUCUCCCGACAUCAGACAGAAAGGAUGUCUGUCUCUUUAUUAUUCAUUUCUGCUGGUUACAGAAAUGACCCACAUCCACUCUUGGACCAAUAUUAAUAACCGCGUGUAUAACUAAUAUUUGUUUUUUGUGUGUAGUCUUAACCAGCUUUUACAUAGCUGUUCAUAACAAUUAUGCUUUGUUUUCACAAAAUGCUUUUUUUUGUGUUUAUGUUGUUGUUGUUUAGGGCACUAAACAAGCUGCAGAGAGCUUUUUUUUACCCCCAUGAGAUAUUUCUGAUACAGAUAUUUGAAUCACUACCAAGUGACUGUAGCAACACUCAAGAUCUUAGACAUCAUCUCAUUUUCAACUAUUUAUGUUUUGUAGGCACAUUUGGUCUAUGCAGCAGAGAGGGAGAAGGGGAAAUGUGAGUUGUGAAUAUAGAAGGAAGGAAAACUACUCAUGUUCAUCAAUGCACAGCUGAGGAUUUAAGGACUGAGUCUUUUGUAUUAUAAGCCAGUCGUGGCACCAAAGAAAAGUGAGUGGGGAGUUCCUGCAGAUGUUCAGGAUCCAGUAUAGUUGACAUGAAAAAAUGAAAUCGGACACUCCUCGAUACCUGCAUGGACUGAUAUGAUGUACAUGGUAAUAACACUGGUUUGACCUGUGUUUUAAGGAUCUAUUAUUAAACUGGAUGUUUUUUUGUUUUUUUUCCCUAAAUAAUUUCACGUCUGAUAAGCUGUAUCUGACAUCAAUUUAUUGUUUCUUUAAUCAAAGAAUCGGUUUACUUUGUGGCCUGAGACAUUUCAAGAUUUAACUCCACAUUCCUAAAUAAAUAUAUAAAUUCAAAUGAAAUUUACUACAAUUGUGGUAGCUCUUAGAACCCAUUAAGUACCACCUAUGUGUAGUUGGAAUGAUGUACUUGAAAUGAAUUAUGCUGAAAUGUUAGAUAUCGAUUAAUUCAAACAGAUCAAUUUAAAGUCGUAUUUAGUUGGUUGAGAGUCAAACAGCCACCAAAGAAAACACUCCAGGAAAUUCUUUCUCAUUAGAAAAAAUCCAGAUCAUAUUUUGUGGCACCUGGAUUUUGAUGUUUUUAUGUUGUAACUUUUCUUUAUGGGUGGUACUAUGUAAUUGCUGGAUGCAGACCAGUUCUGUCACAGUUAUGUACCACACCAUGGCACAAGACAAACAUCAUCCUACGGUGCUUAGAGGGCGGUGCACUCAGUGUAGACACUACAAUAUAUUUGAAGUAAUGCAAUAUAUGAACCACAAUCUCUGCCACCUUUCAGCUCUAAGAAGUAUAUUUAUUAUGAUGAUUGAUUGCUGCAGGCUGAAAUGCUAUAAGUUGUAUUAUGUAACUUUAGAUGAUUGUACGUAUACUGUAUACUGACAGAAGGAUGUCUGAAACUUUAUAGCGUGUAUUGCCUAUGAAGGGGGACUAUUUGACAAUUUCACUUUUUAUAUUUCAUGUUUAGAUUGUGAUACGACGGAUAUAUUCGCUCCAUGAUGAUUCGGGGUUGUUAAUCUCCCACGCUUUUUUCUACAUGAAUGUUUCACACGGCCUGCGAGCCAAUGUUCCUGGUUGUCCUAUAAUGCUUCAAUUACUAUAUUUUUACUGUGUAUAAAAUGUGUAUAUGUACAUAGGAGUCACGGAAAUGCCUUCUCAUGCAAUAUGUGCUGCCUGUCCCUCCUGCCAUGUUUCAGUUAUGUGGUGGUGAUGUUUUCAUUCAUCUGAUUUUAAAGGAUUAAACAUAUUUUCUAAA